UGGAAUUGAACAACGAGACUAAUUUAUCGUUCACAAGCUCUUGAAAAUGUGAUUAACGUUAUAAAAUGAUUUUACUCUCUACUUGCCAAGCUUCUUUCCUGUGUGCGCAAUGUAAUAGAAUCGUUAUAUUAAAUAUUUAAAUUUUACGCACGUGUACGACCCGGUCAUCGAUAACGAAAGAAUGCAUUUACAACUGCUGGCAACACUGGUAGUGUUUGUUUACAUUUCUCUUCACAUCCCUCGUAUGGCACGGACGAACGGAAAAUAAAAGAGUAAAAAUAUAACAAAUUUCAACAUGGAUCGCUGUCGACUUUGUCUGGAUCGUCCAGGAGGUUCGGUGCGAAUGCACGACAAAAGAUUUUGUGGAAAUUUGGAAAGGCUCUUUCACAUGCAGUUUGCAGAAAAUGAAAGCUUCCCCGCCAAAGUGUGUGAUAUUUGCGUAGUAAAAGUUCAAGAAUUUUACACGUUUUUGGAGCUAGUUCUUCGAACCCAACAGCAAUUGAAAGCCGAACACGAUAAUGCUGGCGUUAAUCAGACGGUCGUGAAAAAUGAAAUCAAUCUACAUGAGCGUGAUUUAAGGGAGGAAGAAAAGAAAAAUCAUACGGAUGAUAACAAUGCUAACCUGACACAGCACGAGGAAUGUGCUAGUGAUAGUAAAAACGAUAUUCCGCCUUCCAUGGAGCAGAUCGCUAUGACAACUUUAAAUCAAGAAAAUCCCCAGACGCGCAGAGAAAAGGCAACAUCAGUUUUCGGUUGUGCCGACGAUACUGGCCAAGACGCUGGUGAGCAUAAUAAUGAGGGUGAUGAUCCAACGGAGACAAUUAGCAAACAUAUCGAAAACUUUGACAAAAACGAUAGAAACUCUGUAAUGCGAAAGCGAAUAGAAGACAAUAAUCGUAUCAGAGAAUUUUUCUCAAUGGUGUGCGACGUAUGUUCCAAAGAGUUUUCCACCUUUCAACGGCUACAGAUCCACUGUCGGAAGGCGCAUAACGUUCGCGGAUUCAUUGCAUGUUGUAAUCAAAAGUUUUUCCGUACGUUUAGGGUACUGGACCAUAUAGCGUUUCACGUGAAACCCGAUUCCUUUCGGUGCGAAAUGUGCCAGAAAAACUAUCGCAGCCGGUACACGCUUCGACAGCAUAAUAAAAGGCAUCAUUGUGCCGAACCAAAGGACUACCCGUUUAAAUGCGAUCAAUGUCACCAAUCGUAUGAAAAAAGUUAUCAACUCAAAUCACACAUCUUGCGUCACGUGCAGGCUCCGUGCCACCUUUGCGGCAAGAUGCUUUCGAGUGUGCAGGCCCUGCGAGUCCAUAUUAAUCACAUGCACGGUACUGACGAGAAGCAAAUCUGCGACACCUGCGGUAAAGAGUUUCGUACCAAGGCCGCCCUUGAACGGCACGUGCGUGGCCAUCUUGGGCAAACGGUGAACGAGAAGCGGCAGUGCCCUCAGUGUGGCGUGUGGGUAAAUGGGGCUCGAGGUCUUAAAAAUCACACACGCAAUGUGCAUCCGGGCAAGGAUGAAGUAUUUGAGUGUGAUAUUUGCCAGCAGCGUUGCAAAAAUGCUACCACUUUGUACCAACAUCGUAAAGGGGUACAUGCGCAGGACAAGUUUGAGUGUGAAUUUUGUGGGAAAAGGUUCAAGCGCAAGAUUUACUUGAAGGAACAUCGAGCACUGCACACCGAGCAGUCACUAUAUUCCUGCAGCGUGUGUGAUCACAAAACAAAUUCAAAUGCAAAUAUGUAUGCGCAUAUUAAGCGCAAACAUCCGAUCGAAUGGCAAGAAGCGCAAAAGCAGAAAUUAUUGGCUGCAGCUGCAUCGGCGGAGAAAUCGUUGUCAUAGUUGCGUCCGUCAUGGUAGAAAUCCGUUAUUUUGUAAAUAAGGUUUCGCCUAUUUGAGUGUAUUGUAUUAAUAUAGAAAUAUAUAACUAUAUGGAAAUAUAUAACGUAA